UGGGAACACCAAUAACUCCUCCCUUGACCGCGCUUAGCACCUCGUUUUGCGACUAAAUGACCGAGGUCGCCGCAUCACACCACCUUUUUUUCCGUCGCAACUCACUCUAAAACCAACUAGGAGUCGCCCGAAGCCAUGGCCUUGCGUUGCGACGCGUGCUUCCGUCUUAUGGAUCACAAACGCGUUCUGUGCGACGACUCGAUGUCGUCAGCCACGGUCGAACGCGUUCCCUCGCCUCUACGGCCCUCGGCUCUCUGCGUCCCCCUCCGAGAAGGGUCGCCGCUUUCCCCGCUCGCCGCGGGGAAUCCCCGCGAAUGGCGCCAUCUGCAGGAGUAGCUGAAGGGCGCGAAACCCUCCCCCCACGCGCGAUGUGGUGGGUGCCGUGGUUAGAUUGAGAUUUCAGCAAUGACCGCCAGUCGCCUGUCGCCAGUCGUUUUCGAGCUCCUUCCAAUGGCCGCCCGGUCACCUUCGAUGUGCUUCGCUGCGUCGACGUGCCUGCCAGCAGGGGGGGCCGUGCGGGGAAGAAGGUGGUGCAGGUGCGGUGGCAGCAGGCGGGCCGGCCCGCUUGCAAGAAGAUCCAGCUCUUCAGGGGUCGUGGCUACGCAGGAAAGGCGCUUCAGACUCUUGUGCCCGGCAAGAAGGGGUCUAAGAAGGUGUCUGCAUCAGUGAGGUCGGUCCGCUGCAUCAUAGACAACAUCUGCCGGCUAGUGGUGUGCCCCAUCAACUCCUCGUGCGUCGCAACCACUGACCGCAAGGGAGUGGCGUGCCGCUGCUCUGACGGCUACACCACUGCUGCCAAUGGCGCAUGCCAGCUUGCAGCACCGUCGCAGCAGCCAGACGUGCUUUCCCACCCCUUGUCGGACACACCCACCACCUUGGAUGUGUGUGGCAGUGGGACGAGCAACCCCUGCGCCGUGGGCUCAUGCAUCAACGAUGGCAGCGGCUCGUACACCUGCAUCUGCCCUCCCACGCACACCGCUGCCACCACAUCCAACGGCCUCCCCACCUGCCGCUUCACUAUCGAGACUGGGAUGAACUGGACGCUUGCCUCAACGCUGGUGGUCCAAGCUGACAACUGGUCGUGUGAGGACGUCUAUCUUCCUUAAGCCCACCCCAUAUGCAACACCUCUAAGCCUAGCACCCCCAUACCCUGCAGCAGAGGUGACUGCAGGGAAGGAAGGCGCUAGGCAUCCUUGAGCUGCAGCGGGGCGGAGCCGGCUGGCGUGGCGAGCAGGGACCGACGCUGCGAGCUGGGACCGACGCGGCGAGCUGGGUCCGCUGGGACCGACGCGGCGAGCUGGGUCCGACGCAGCGAGCUGGGUCCGACGCGGCGAGCAGGGUCCGACACGACGAGCUGGGAGGCGCGGCGAGCUGGAGUGCGGGCUUGCUGCCUGGUGCCUAAACCAGUGCGUGGCCCACUGCCGCCCGUGGGCUGACGUCGACGACGCCGUCACGCCGCCACGGCUCGACGUCGACGACGACGCCACGGCUUGACGUCGGCGCCACGACAGCGCGUCGAGACGGCCGCGGCGAGGCUGCCACGGCAGCACGACAAAGCUGCCAUGGCAGCAUGACACGGCCGCCACGGCGGCGCGGAAGUACCUAGAAGUGGGGGGGUACGCGGCGGAAGCGUGAGGAGGCGGCCCAGCAGGGCGGACCGCCGGCUUUGAAACCAUUUUGAGAUGUACUAGCUAAGGGGGGGAAGCCAUGAAUGGCGAGAGGGGUUUUAGGCUAGGAGAGUAAUGUCGAGAGAGAAGAGUGUAUGACACGAAAAGAGAGAUACAAGAAGGGGGAUUGACCUCUCUACAAGAGGAUUCAGUAACACACAUGCCAAGCCUA